GACGCCACGCCCACUUCCGCCCGUCGCCGCGCCCGGGGGCGGUCUGGGUGUCGUCACUUCCGCCGGGCGGCCCUGUGCGUCCGGGUCAGCGGCUACCUGUGCUGUCCGCGGCUGCGGCUGGGAAGUAGGCUGGGGUCUCCGCCGCCGACCGAGAGGAGCGGGCUCCGCUCGGCGCCGACUUCUGCGACCUGGCCGUCAGCCCCACGUCGCCGGUCUGGAGGGGCGAAGAGGACGAGGGGGCCGAGGCUUCCUCCGGGGCCACUGGCUCUCUGGAUCAUCAGGAGUUUGCAGCUGACGUUGAAUCCAGGCUGAAGAUGGAAGGCGUGGAACUGAAAGAAGAAUGGCAAGAUGAAGAUUUUCCAAUACCUUUACCAGAAGAUGACAGCAUUGAAGCCGAUGUGCUUGGUGUACCUGGAUCGGAGAGCCAGCCUGACUCACCAGAAGUUAAUGGGAAUAAAGUGAGAAAGAAAUUAAUGGCUCCAGACAUUAGCCUGACUCUGGAUCCUAGCGAUGGCUCUGUGCUGUCAGACGACUUGGAUGAAAGUGGAGAGAUCGACUUGGAUGGCUUGGACACCCCGUCGGAGAACAGCAACGAGUUUGAGUGGGAAGAUGACCUUCCAAAACCUAAAACUACUGAAGUCAUUAGGAAAGGCUCAGUCACUGCGUACCCCACCACAGAGGAGAAGGGGGAUGGGCGGCGCUGGCGCAUGUUCAGGAUUGGGGAGCAGGACCACCGGGUCGACAUGAAGGCCAUCGAGCCCUACAAGAAAGUCAUCAGCCACGGAGGAUAUUACGGGGAUGGACUAAAUGCCAUCGUGGUGUUCGCAGUCUGCUUCAUGCCAGAGAGUGGCCAGCCUAACUACCGAUACCUGAUGGACAAUCUCUUUAAGUAUGUUAUUGGCACUUUGGAGCUGUUAGUAGCAGAAAACUACAUGAUAGUUUACUUAAACGGUGCAACAACGCGAAGAAAAAUGCCCAGUCUGGGGUGGCUCAGGAAGUGCUAUCAGCAAAUUGAUAGAAGGUUACGGAAAAACCUGAAAUCCCUGAUCAUUGUUCAUCCCUCUUGGUUUAUCAGAACACUUCUGGCUGUUACACGACCAUUUAUUAGCUCAAAAUUCAGCCAGAAAAUUAGAUACGUCUUUAAUUUGGCAGAACUAGCAGAACUUGUUCCCAUGGAGUAUGUUGGCAUACCAGAAUGCAUCAAACAGUAUGAAGAAGAAAAGUUUAAAAAGAAACAAAAAAGGGUUGACCAAGAGCUAAAUGGAAGACAAGAUGAACCGAAAAGUGAGCAGUGAGCGUGGCCUGCAGGGCACGCCAGGCUGAAGACUGCAGCCGUGGUGCAGCCACAUGCUGCCGUGCAUUCGCGAUGCACUUGCUGGCUUGUAUUUUGUGUAAUCUGUGGCAAAUUGAUUUGACUGCUUAACGGACUUUGUGUAAGGGCCUGCUAGCUGCUGUCCUGGUUUUUCAAUCUCCCGGAUGUAGCUCUUUGGUGGCUACUCGCAUUGUAUCACUUGUAUUUUCUGUUGCUAAAUAGCAGAGAACUACACUUUAUAUAAAACAGUUCAUGCAUUUGUUUGUUGAAUAAUGCAUCUUCAGUAAAGUAUUUAUAUGCAUAAAUGGUAAAGGAAAGAAAUAAUAUAUAUUUUUAUGUUUUUGAACAAUAUUUUUUAAUGUAUACCUAUCUUGUGGAAGAAUAUGCAGGUAAAUAAGACCAUUUUAUAAGUGCAUGUUAGAAUUUUUGUUUUUCUAAAUGGUUGAAUACAUUUCCUGGGUAACUUAGAAAGUUAAGUUGCUCUAAGGCAGGAGACAGUGAAACUGAGUCUUAUGAUACCCAAAGAUAUAGAUAGAUUAGUGCCGUCCUGAGCUCGCUUGACGUGUACAGUUCUUUAACUCCAAAGUGCAAACACAAGUGGCUUGCACAUUUGCUCCUUUUUAAAAUGAGUCAAAAAGCCAUUUUUCAGAACUAGAGAACUUAAGCGGCUAGAAAUGAGGGUCUGUAUAUAUGUAUACUUGGGGCAUUCUGUCUUCUGGCCCAGAGUCAGAGCUGUCGCCAAGUCUUGGACUCGUUCACUGAUGUGAACUAAGUGGUGUGCUCAGAGCGCUGCCCCGAGCGCGCGGUGCCCAGGGUAUGGGGGCUUUCCUGCCACUCCCUGGGCACGCGGGGGGCUGCUGUGAACGUCGCUCUCACUGUGGCACUUUACCAAAACACUUCUGUGGCGGUCCUUUGAACUCAGUGGUGGUUUGACCGAGUAAGAUACGGUAUGUUUUCAAGUCAAAUCGUGUUGGACGGUUCUGUAAAUGAGGUUACUUUUGUAAGUCUUAGGGCAUCAUUUUCUUGUAUUCUUUGGGAAAACAUGUUUGAUACAAGCAUUUAAGCUCCUUGUUUCUUAUUUUAUAAUUACCUUUACAUUGAAAUAAAUUGUACUGCCAGACAGCUUAAUUACCCACAGAGACAUCGAUGGUCCCACCCGUGUCCUGUGCCUGCGCAGCACAAGGGUACGCGGCGUGCGCCCUACCUCCACACGUGCAGACACUGUCCCGCCAUCCUGUGCGUUGCUGUCCCAGAGUGACUUCCAGGGCAGCAGAAACCAGGCAUGUGCACGGCUCCCAAGAGUGGCUCUUGCCCGUACUGAACGUAGGCGUGGGCUAUGCUGCUGGCAGUUUUUAGCAUAAAGUUUCUCUUACAAAAGGGAAUUUUUCUUUGCUUUACUUUCCCCUCGGCCAUAUGUUAUUCUGCUAACUUAAAGUCUAGCCCAGGAGGUGCUGGAGGAUUCUCUGGAUGAAGUCUCAUUCAGCAGCCUCUCAGCUCAGCCACAGCAGUCCUGCCUGGAGGCAUUACAGUAAAUUCAGCCCCAGCCACCACCGUAGGGACAUUGUGAGUUGAGGAAGGCAGUGGGGAGGAGCCGCUCCGCGUGCUCUCUGGAUUCAGCGCGUGAGGGCUGCAAAUGUGAUGUAGGUCAGGCCGCGCUUAGACGCCGUGCAGGUCGGAACAGUGUGUGUGGCCUUGUCUGUGUGUCUCGGUGUUCUUAAAGCAAGUGGAACAUUCUGAUUGGUGAUUUUCCACCAGGUUAAGCCCUUAGCUCCUGAAUUUGAAAAAUGUAAAGCGUAACUGAAACUUUUUAUUGCUUAUUAACUUUUGGAGUCAUCAUUCCUAAGUAGAACAUUUGGGGAAAGUGCUGUUUUUCUAAUUUUUUUUAAAUAGAGGUAGCCUAAUGCUGUCAAAACAUUAUGAUUCAGAGGGAACAUUGAUGACACGAGUUACAGUGGAAGGGACAGGCUGUAAAAAGGGUGCCUUAAAAGGGUGCCUGUUUUAAUCUGCACCUUAAUGGGAGCUGCUGCAGGGUUAGACCUGCAAUAAAUGUUUCAUAUCUGCAAGACUCAAGAUGAUAAUUAGUAGAUUCGGAGAAAAGAUUUAAGUUUAGUUUUAAUUUGUAAUUAUGUAACAUUUUUCCUUAUUAUCCAUUUUAAUUUCCAUUACUGAUUUAGGAAAAAGUACAUCCAAUUCUGUUCUACUGGGGUCAUGGAUUUAACUUAAAUGGUUAAAUUUGCUCUUUCUGUAACCAGCUGUGAGUCCCUUUUUUAGUCAAAAAUUUCUCUUAAGAGGUGUGAAUAAUUGGAUGCUGCAUUCUGCUGAUCAUGCACUGAGGGGCUGCAUGAUAUGGAGCCCCCUUGUGCGCUUAGUGGUCAGCAGUACCAGUGGGGUGGAGAGGCCAAGAAGAAAGGAUUCUAGGUAGUAGCUGAAGAGGGAUAAGGGCUUAGCUCUAAGACGCCCCUGACCGAGUGGCUGAGGGCGCUGCACCAGGCAGCUGGGGAUGCCCUUCCUUGGGUCCAGCACGAACCCUGGAGACCGUGUGCUGAGGGAGAAAAGACCUGGGAUGAGCGUGGGUGCUUUCCUCUGCCUUCUGUCUCACUACAGAGGCAAAUUUGAAUGGACUGGGUUAAAAUUAUAAUGCUCUCGCGUCAGUAGUAGUCAAGCCUGUGAUUUUCUGUUUCUCAGCUGGAAAGCUCUGCGUCCAUACUAGACUCGUGGGCUGGCAGCGCAGCUUGGCGAUGGAGCGCUUGGGUGGCAUGUGUGGGCCUGGACGUUCAGGCCUGGAAGGGCAGGCAGGGAAGAGGGAAAGAAACCAAGAACUGGCCCGGACGUCCCUGCCAGCUGCACUGAAUGUAGCACUGAAACUGGCUGAUGGAUCAGUAAACCGCCACAGCAGAGUGGUUUUUUCAACCACAGUUCCAAAACUUAGGAGUAAAAGGCCUGCUUCCGGAUAGGCUGGAGGGAACUAUAGUGUUACGAUUUGGCUGUGUGAGUGCUCAGGGCAUUCGGAAAGGUGAGCUAGUGCAGAGGUGGCUCUUCAGAUUCCUUCGGUUGACGGAUGAAUUAGUAUUGGGGUACCUCUGGGAGAACAUGGGGGGUUGUGGCAGCUCCAGCGCUUGCUUUCCCAUGUUGUAAGUAGAAAAUUGUUGACUUCAGAGAUGACCACAGCCCAUUUUUUAUUUCAGCCAAGGGUUGUGCCCCUUCCCACCGCUACCCCCACCACCCUCCUAUAGAGAGAUUUGAGAAAUUGUCACAAAUUUCAGAGGAAUGGAGUGAUAAGUAAAAGGAAGUAAAGUGAGUUGGGCCUGUUUGCUACUGAGGAAUUUACCUUGCCGCAGGGCUUGGAAUUUGUGUUGUUGGAGAGGAGUCAAGGGCCCUGGGCAGAGCGCAGAGGGAGGAGGGCAGCACCCUCCCGGGCUAGUUUUUGGAGGUGCAGUGUAAAGUUAGAAUCUUCACCAGAAGUCCACGAGUCUGGAUGGCAAGAGAAAAUAAAGUGGUAUAUGAGACAGUAAGGAGCAGCGCUGAGAUUGCAACAGAACAGCUUAUCACAACUACAUGUAAUAGUAACGACACAUUACACGUGUUGUUUUGCAAGCUAAAAAUACUGUGAAAGCAUCCCAUAUAGCCUUCACGAGUUUGCUUUCAAGUUAAUGAACAGAAGUAUCAAGAUGUUUGCUUCAGAAGCCAUGUUUGCUUUUGAAGUUCUUAAACAUUUCAUGUUCAGUUUGACAAAGGAACUUGGAUAAUAUCAGCUACUUUAGGGUCCUUUUUUAGCAGUUGCUUGACAGUUUAUAUAAGCCUGCCUAGUAAGUAUCAGUGGUAUUCAGGGCUACUGACUGGCCCAACCCUUGAGACACGAUUCCCGUAAAACACAAUUCAGGGUAGCAGUGCACUUAAAUACGGAUUCAGAAAUAUGUUCCUUACCACAAGUUCGCAUGCUGUCAUUUGAAGAAACUGUGACCUGUGUUAGAUUGGUGUUGACUAGAACUGUCACUUCAGUGUGAAAAUUAAACUUUGCUGUCUGUCUGCUACGUGUUGGUGAGGUCCCUGUCAGAAGUGUUAGUAUUGGUCUUACAAUGUAGGAGACAAUAUUUUCUUUUCCUUUGACCUUUUAGGAGUACAGUAAUGUGUGUCCCUUUUUUGUUGCAGUUUUCCAACGUUAAUAAAUUUAAA